UGACUCAUAAAUCCAGAUAUGUUAAUUUAGGCGGCAGGGACCGCCCGCUUGCAUGUGAAGAUGCACAGCCAGAGGAUUUCCUUCCUGCAGAUGACAAGUCCUGGGAUCGUGGUGUAUACAUCAACCCUUGCCCUACGCGGGCUAAGCAUGUUACUAAAUAGCACUAGGAAAUCACGGUAGUCGAACCCCUCGCAGUCCGCGCCAACACGACCAUCCAAGCUUGUCCAUUCACACGUACUUGUCAAGCAGCGCAUGUCCUCUCCCGUGUACUUGGCCACCUGAACGAUCGCAACGCCGAUGUCGAUUUCCGAUACGAAGAGGCGAUGCAGCUGCAUCGCACCGCCCAGGCACUAUCACAUACACUCUCACAAGAACUGGAAGAAUGGAUCGAGAAAGUGUACGACCCAACAGCACACCUUCCACUGUUUUCUGCCAUUGGUAUUUGCUAUAGUGCGUCGCUUCUCCUGUAUGACAGGUACUGUUGCAGCGGUAUUACUGGGGUAGCUGGGAAUGUAGAAGUACAACAGAUGGCACUCUCCAGGAUCAGUGAGGUAUCUCGGGAGGUCUUUCACUUCGCAAAAAGCAUUCGCUCGGCCAUGGAUCUUGGUGGGUCCCUCAGAAUGAGUCCCCUGGUAUUUGACUGUCUAUAUCAGGCUGCAGCAAAUUUUAUGUGGCAGAGUCGUGAGACUGGGAGUUCAGACCUCUUACAUAUGGCGAAUGAGAUCCAGAGUGUCCUCGAGGUUCUUGGGACGAGAUGGACGGCUCCCCGCGCAUAUCUGUCAAUUCUUCGGAAGUCUGGCGGUCACUGCUAACUGCCACCGACAAGGACACCCGUGCUACGAUAUAACCAACCC